AUGACUUCGUCCUCGAGCGUCAUGUCAGGAAGCACUCAUCCUCAGGCAGCCUCGAGCAGCGGGCCUUCUGCGUCCGCUCCAAUGGCCAUGAGCGCGCCCAAGGCUACAUCGAGUCAUGUCAUGUCUGCGCCCGAGCUAGCUGCCCAGGGCUUGCUCUUCCGCAAGCCACGUAAUCAGCCAUCUGCUCUGCCAAGCGCAGCAGGUGCGCUACCUUACGAAGGCUCAGCUCCGCCUCCUCCACCUGCGCACUCUCAACCUUAUCACCAGCCAAGUCAGCAUCCCCCCCAGCCCUCUAGAGGAUACUCGAACUCUUCUUCUGACUACCAACCUUCAUCAAGCAGCCAAAGCCACGGGCGUGGAAGCGGAAGCGGUGCAGGAAGCUCGUAUCCAGAAGACAGCCCUUCGAAUCGCAACAUGUUUUCAGAACCCUCUUCGUGGCACCAACAUGGGUCUCCCUCGGGGCCCUCUCCCAUUCGCAGCAGCGCUCCGAUGA